AUAACCUUUGCACUAUGGCGGAAGGAGGACUCAGAUACAAAGACAAAGUUGUCAUCGUUACUGGUGGCUCCAAAGGCAUUGGAGAAGGCGCCGUAAGGGCUUUCGUGAAACAUGGCGGAUCGAAGGUUGUAUUUUGCUCAAGAGGGGAGGAAGCAGGGAAGAAGCUUGAAUCAGAGAUGAACACAUCAGGACCAGGGGAGGCUCUCUUCAUCCCCUGUGAUGUCACUAAGGAAGAGGAUAUCAGGAAUGUGAUUGACAAGACAGUAGAGAAGUAUGGGAGAAUUGACUGUCUGAUCAACAAUGCAGGCAUGCACCCCCCUGAACAGACCAUAGAUGACACAUCUGUGGACGAGUUCAGAUCACUUCUCAACUUGAACUUGGUCAGCUACUUCAUCGCUUCCAAGUUUGCCCUCCCACAUCUCAGGAAGACCCAGGGUAACAUCAUCAACAUGUCCAGUCUGGUGGGAAUCAUAGGACAAACUCAUGCCUGUGCCUAUGUAACAACUAAGGGAGGUAUCACAUCUCUUACCAGAGCCUUGGCUGUAGAUGAGGCUAAAUAUGGGGUUCGUGUGAAUACUGUUUCUCCAGGUAACAUCUGGACCCCCAUGUGGGAUGGUCUGUCCAAGGCCUCAGGGAACACAGAGGCAAUGGUUAAAGGUGGCGAGGAAGCUCAGCUGCUGGGCAGGAUGGGGACCAUAGAGGAGGCUGGAAAAGUCUGUUUGUUCCUGGCGGCAGAGGCAACCUUCUCAACAGGCACUGACAUGCUUCUGUCCGGGGGUGCAGAACUGAACUAUGGCCGCAAGACCCGACUGGUGGAGAAGACUAACAUCUAUGAGUAGCACCAUGUGGACCGAUGAAGAUGAUACACAAUGGCUUAGGGUUUACACAAUGUGAUGCAUUUACCAACUCGUCUUGGACUGAGUAAGACUCUGAGUUGACUCGGAAAUGCCUAAUUGGGUGAACUCUUGCCAAUGUUGUAUAUAUUUUAUAUAUAUAUAUGAGAAUGUGGUACCCUGGAAUUCAGACAUGACACCUAUGCCUACUAUGAUCCCUACCUCUGAGUCAGCUCUUCCUUAACUUGAAGAGUUAUGAGUUAUCAAAUUUCUCUAGCACUUAAGAAUAAUAUAUAUAUAUAUAAUUGACACAUAUUAAAAGUUUGUGAAAUAAAUAAAUAUAUAUAUAUAUAGUUUUCAUUGCUGAAUUCCAUGGUAAGUGUGUGGUGCAAUAAGCCAGUUCAUACUUGCGUGGAUGUGCAGAAUGAUGCAUUGUGGGUAUUAUGUUAAAGGUUAAGGCCCCUGAGACAUAAACAAAACAUGUCUGGACAUGUAUCAAGCUGGGUUUAGACAAGAUACGAGGGGUGUUCAAUAAGUAAUGCCCCUGACCCAUUUCCCAUAGCAGGAGAUUAAUGAAACUUGGCACAGUUAUUAGUCUGUUUCUACAUAGGA